GUGAGACUCUCAUGUGCAGCAGCACAGGUUUAGGCCUGAGAUUCAACCAUGCUGUUGGCUGGACUUCCUGGUUGGCUGUGUGUUGUAGCCAGUGGGCUCCUGCUUCUCCUCCAGCACGUGCAUGGCCAGGACUCAGCCAGUCCCAUCAGGAUCACGCACACGGGCCAGGUGAGAGGCAGCCUUGUCCACGUGAAGGACACUGACAUCGCUGUCCACGCCUUCCUGGGAAUCCCCUUUGCCAAGCCUCCUGUAGGACCCCUGCGCUUUGCACCUCCUGAGGCCCCUGAGUCAUGGAGUGGUGUGAGAGAUGGGACCUCACAGCCGGCCAUGUGUCUGCAGACUGAUAUAAUGAAUUUAGAGGGUGUGAAGGGGAUGAAUCUGACCCUGCCUCCCAUCCCUAUGUCUGAGGACUGCCUGUAUCUCAACAUCUACACACCAGUCCAUGCCCAGGAGGGCUCAAACCUGCCUGUGAUGGUAUGGAUCCAUGGUGGUGGACUGGUUCUAGGAUCGGCUUCCAUGAAUGAUGUAUCUGCACUGGUAGCCACUGAGGAAGUAGUAAUUGUCGCCAUCCAGUAUCGCUUGGGGAUCCUUGGCUUCUUCAGCACUGGAGACCAACACGCCAGAGGCAACUGGGGAUACCUGGACCAAGUGGCUGCCCUACGCUGGGUGCAGAAGAAUAUUGCUUACUUUGGAGGCAACCGUGACAGGGUCACUAUAUUUGGAGUCUCGGCAGGAGGCACAAGUGUGUCUUCCCAUAUUCUGUCCCCCAUGUCCAAAGGACUCUUUCAUGGAGCCAUUAUGCAGAGUGGAGUGGCCCUGCUGCCUAACCUCAUCUCUGACACUUCAGAGGUGGUCUACAAGACAGUAGCCAACCUAUCUGGUUGUGAAGCCACAGACUCAGAAGCCCUGAUCCACUGCCUUCGAGCAAAGAGUAAACAAGAGAUCCUGGCUAUUAACCAGGCCAUGGGCCUUUAUCAUAGCAUAGAGAGCAUAACCAGAGAGACCCUGCCAGCUGUUCUGAAGAACACAGCAUCACAGACGAUGUUGCCUCCAGAAUGUAGUCACCUACUAAUGGAGGAGUACAUGGGGGACACUGAGGACCCAGAGACCCUGCAAGCUCAGUUCAGGGAGAUGCUGGCAGACUUCAUGUUUGUGAUCCCUGCUCUCCAAGUGGCACAUUUCCAGCGUUCCCAGGCUCCUGUCUACUUCUAUGAGUUCCAGCAUCUAUCCAGCUUCUUCAAGCAUGUCAGGCCCUCACAUGUGAAGGCAGACCAUGGUGAUGACAUCAUCUUUGUCUUUGGCUCCCACUUUUGGGACAUGAAUUUUGACCUCACCGAGGAGGAGGAGCUGUUGAAGAGGAGGGUGAUGAAGUACUGGGCCAACUUUGCAAGAAAUGGGAACCCCAACAGCGAGGGUCUACCCUCCUGGCCUGUGUUGGACCAAGAUGAGCAGUAUCUGCAGCUGAACACCCAGCCUGCUGUGGGCCGAGCCCUGAAGGCCAGAAGGCUGCAGUUCUGGACCAAGACUCUGCCCCAGAAGAUCCAGGAGCUAAAGGGUUCUCAGGACAAGCAUGCAGAGCUGUAGUGUCCUGUGUCAGGAAUGGUGUGUGAGGUUGAAAGCAGAUGGUGUAAUUCUGUGGUUACAAAGUCCAUUUAUUUAUUUUUAUUUGUUCCAACACUUAUGUAAGCAUUUCUAAUAUCAGCAUUUGCCCUUCCAGAUAUGUAUUAAGAACAGUCAGUGUUAUUUCUUAUCGUUCUGGGCAAACAUUCAUUAGAGUCAAUAAAAGCUCUCAUAACAGUG